UAAGCCACCAAUAACCAACCAGUGAGAAACGAAGUGUUGGUCCUCGCACCGUACCGGUACCGGUACUAGGUACCGAAGGGCGGAGCUGUUGUGGGUUGACCUCCAUACAUCUCAUCUUGGGAUCUAAGAGCUCAUCUGUGCAUGUUCGUUACUGUAGCUAGCUGCACUUCUGUAGCUUCUAAGAACGUUGAAGGACUUGUGAACCCCCUGAACAAGGCAUGCAUGCAAGGAAGCAAUGAGAAGGAUCCUGCCUGAAACAGCCAGUUGGAUCUUGACCAUGAUUGAGUGAGAAUGGUUUGUAUCUUUUGUUUUGCUGCAAAAGCCAACUCCACUCUAACGAUCUUUUCAGUCACAUAAGGGCGUCUCAACGGCCGGGACGGUCUUGGGUAGCGUAGCCAGCCAUUAGCUGAGCAUGUCGAAUAACAAUGUGGUACGAUAGGGUGCCUUCUUCCUUGAGGUUUGGUGCAGGGAACUUGAAGAUACCGAGCUCCGCGAUACGACUGUACGAUACAAGUGCUGGUAAUCGUAAGUCGAAGAUAGAGGUUGGUAGCUGCAUGCAUGGUCCUUUCUUGGCUGAGCAGGUGUAUAUUGAAUGAUGCAUGUCUUUUUGGCUGCACUACAUGUAUGCAUAUCAUAGGUAGUGGCUAAUAAGCAAGAGCUCACCUGAAAUCCCAACGCUAAAACCAGCACUGUAGAUACUAGUACCGUAGAGCUUGGACAACUACAUGUAAUCGACACUUGGAGUGUAGCCACCAACUGGAAACUUGGAGCAGUGCUCGAAAGGUAAUAGCUAGGUACUAUAUAUUUUCCACCAAGUGCAACACAUGAAGGGUUUGGUUGGAAAGAAUGUUUUAUAGGUCAAUCAUGGCCAAAAAUCUUUCUUUGAAGAAUACAUGUUGGUCAGUCGCAGGGCCACAUCCAUCACACGGAACCCGAUGAGAGAGCAUCCCAGACAGAGGUUAAUUAUCUACAUAUCCGUAUCUGAAUACUUUGAAUGCUGGUGUACCGAGUGCUGAGUCCGCCCGUAGAAAGUGUACCGAACACCCACAAAAAAUGAAGAAUAGACGAGAAUUCAAUUUGUUUUGUUGAGAAGAAGCUGACCUUUCUGUUGUUUCUAUACUUUUUUGCUCCCAUCCUCCGAGGGUUGUGUGUGUUGUGGUUGGUUAAUGGGUGUGAGGCAUAGGAUAGAUUAGAUUAGAUCGCAUUGAAUAGACAGAAAGAUGGAGCCGCCUUUGAUGACUCGUAGUUCCACAACCGGAACUUCUCCGGUGUCUCAUCACAGCAGCACGAGCAGCAGCCUCCAUAGCCAUCAUGUGAUUCCAUCGUCAUCCGCCUCUUCUUCUCCAUCCAAGAAAGGCCGACGAGAUCUUCCACCGCUGUUUUGGUACAUGGAAAUGGGCGAUUGGGAAAAGGCAACGGUUCGUGCCAAGAGUCAUCCCAAGGAAGUCAAGACAAGAGCGACGCUUCGCACCAAAUCCAUGGCGGAAGACGGCACAAAGGUAGCGGGAACCAAACGGUUGGCACUGCAUCACGCUUGUUUCAAGCUGCGAUCGGCCGGAUCGAGCUCCAUUCCCGACGCCGAACAAGAAGAUCCAUUCUUGUCCGUGUGCAAAUUCAUUCUUCUCCUUUUGGAGAUUUACCCCGAUGCCUGUCAAGUGCGAGAGAGUCGUCAUGGCUGUUUGCCACUCCAUUUGGCGUCCUUUGCGUCUUGUUAUGUGCGACCACCCAGUCUCAAGGAUGAUGACGACGAUGAUGAUGGAAUGACCAAGAGUAGUAGACGAGCGAGUAGUAGUAGCACACAACCGUCGUCGUCGUCUUCUCUCUUGGGCAAACCCACCAUUAUCACACGAUCCGCUUCCGAAUCAACAGCCAGCACCACACACAGCAACAUGACCGCCAUUCUCAUGGAAGAAAACUUUGCCGCCGCACAGACACAACGCAAAAAGGAAGGAGCCGAACCACCUCAUAGUAACAACAACAACAACAUGCAGCAACCCAUUCCAAAUAGUGAAGAGCAGCAACAACCACAACAACCCGAUUCCAGACGAACCAUUUUCAUCUCCAACAAACGCGAACAAAUGGCCGUCAAAGUAUUGAAUGCCAUGUUGGAUGCCUAUCCACGCGCCAUUCGCUUGGAUUCCGAAGGAGGACGGCUUCCGCUUCAUACUGCGUGUGCCGGAAGAGCCACACCCCGAUGCGUCUCUCUCCUAUUGAGAGCGUACCCAGCAGCCGCGCGACAUCGCAACAAGGAUGGCUUUCUGCCAUUGCAUUUGGCCGCUCACUGGGGGGUCUCACACCCGAAUGUCGCCAUUACACUACUCAAGGCAUACCCCGACGCCACGGUAGGACGCAAUCGAUGGGAACGCACACCGCUCGAAGAAGCACUCGUCAUGGCGGGAGAAAAUGGAAGGCCGCAUCAAGCGCCACUGGUGCGCGCGUUGCGAAAGCAUCCAUCGUAUUGGACACGACCGCCGCAGGAAUUGUUUCAACAAACAUCGUCCCAACGAAAUCUAGUUGGGUCGAAUGUUGUUGAUAUUGAUGUCACUUUGGCCAGCAAUGAUGAUGACACGACGCUCGAUGACAAUCCACGCUACUUUAAUAUGGGACAUUCGAUUCUGUUAGAAGACGAAUACGAGCGGGGUCCACAACAAGAUGGCGAAGAAGCAGAAUACAACAAUCAGGGAGGACUCAUUAAUAGACUACGACGUGGGAGUAGUCGCAGCAGAAUCGAUGUCGACAUUAGUCAGGAUCUACCCACACUCAUCAAGAACCUCAACUGGAAAUCGGUCAUUGCCAGGUUAGAAUGCAAUCCGGAUGAAGCUAAUGACGAACUAGUGGGUGUCAUGACGCGUGGGGGAUUCACUUCCAGUGCCAGUAUGACGCCCUUGCACUACGCAUUGGAGAGGAAACCACCCGUCGAUGUCAUUGAAGCGUUGCUAGAAGCCAAUCCGGAAGCCGUCUCGCAACGCAUGAUGCCAGGAGGCUGUCUUCCAAUGCACAUUGCAUGUACGUGGCAAUGCUCACCCACGGUUAUUAGUGCCUUGCUUAGCGCAGACCCGACAACUGCCAAGGUGGUGGAUGAACUCGGCAAUCGGCCUUUGCAUGCGGCGUGUUUCUCCGGUGCCACAUUUCCAGUCAUUCAAGAUUUGUUGUCGACGUAUCCCAAAGCUGUCUUGUCCAGGAACAACCAAGGAUCGCAACCCAUUGAUAUCUGUCGUCGAUUACGCCAUCCCAAUCGACGUGCCGUCAUGGCGGCGUUGUUGGAAAAGAGGGAUUAUCUCAUUGCCAAGCAGAAACACAAACGAAGCAAGUCGUCGGGGUCGAUGGGGAAUGUAGCGCGGACGGCAGCAAAUUUGAAUGAUCAAUUCGGAGCCUCGUUACCAAACAUGGCAUCGUCAAGCUUCGAGGAGGUACCCCGACCCGAAGAACCGUCGGUGGGUGUGGAAGUCACUUACAAUCACGAUACAGACAAGACACAGACGCUGCUGUGGAUCUGAAAAAGAGCAACGACAAUCUACACAUGCAGAGAAAGAACUCUGGUGUCACAUCCGUAAUGAGUGGCUGUUCCAAGCAGAGCAGCUUCAACGUUGCUGUUGAUAGUUAAUUUUGGAUCGAUAACAAGUAGGAGAACGUGCUUUUUAGUUAGCGACAGGUAUUAGAUGCCUUGCCAUUCUUC